GGUGUUUGUUUUGUAUAUGCCACGUGCCACCACCCCGUCGCGGCUCGGUUCCACCAUACUGCCCUGCCGGUGAUGAGGCGCAGGUUUGACACUGCAGUGCUACUAGUAGUGGCAUUCAGUUUGGUCUGGACCGGAGGCCGAGCAUGGACAGCAGGUAGCCCAGGUGCAGGCUGGAAGCCCCGAUCUGCCGUAACUGGUGUUCUUGGAGGAGCUGCGUAUGGCGGGGUCGACCGAGGUAUUCGCAGUUGGUCCUGCCAAGCACUGCCCCGACCUCGACAACGAGGUGCAGUCAAACGAAGUUCGGCCACGACGCUAGCUAUGCUCCGACGAGGGUCCGCUCCUGCACAGUUGUGGUCGAUCGCUGGACUCAAAGCAGCCGGAGCGAGAUUCUGGGGGCCGCUGACGAAUGUCGUCACACCCCAGAAGCUUUUCCUCUUCCUCCUGUUUCAGAUUGUAUACAGAAGGUUGCUACGACUACUGUACAGACUGCAGGUGCAGGUUUGGCGACUCGUGCGAAAACACGACCCCCAACCUUACGAGCAAUCUGUUCUGGGCUUUGUGGAGCCCAGACUGAGAACGCUCAGCAGGACCUUGGUGGUGGCAUACGCCUUGAAGAGCGGCGUCAGGGUGCUGAUUGCGAGCGGAUGGAACGCCAACCCCCAGCUGGCAAAGGUUCUAUCCGAUGUGGUGUACUGCUGGUAUGCAGGCUAUUUUGUGGACGAGGCGAAGCGUUUCUUUCUCCCUGUCUGGAUACCUUCACUAAAGGCUGACAAGCGAAAAGGCUUCAUUUACAACCGGUCCUUAUCGGUGCUUACAUGGUCUAUUUGUCUUCUCACCGUAUCGGAGGUGAUCUCGGCGUAUCUCCGAAUACCAAUAACCUCCACGCUGGCUUUCGGGGGUAUAGGUGGUCUCGCCAUUGGUUUGGCCGGGAAGGAUGUUCUCUCCAACUUUUUCGGGGGGCUGAUGCUCCUUCUCGCGGAGCCUUUCAUUCCAGGAGAUAUGGUGACGUUCCAGAGAGGCGGAGUACGAUGCGAAGGGCGUGUAGAGCGUGUGGGCUGGUACCAAACCAGGUUACGUGGGAGGGAUACUCGUCCUACAUACGUGCCUAACGGGAUGUUUUCCGACACAAUGGUGACCAACAUGGAUCGAAUAACGCACCGAAAGUUCGAAUCCAGUUUCCAACUCCGGUACGCGGAUGCGCCUAAGGUGGCAGAAAUUCUGCAGGGGAUCAAAACUGCCCUCAAGGACGUCCCUAACAUUGACUUACUCAGUCCGUUCCGCGUCCAUUUGGUCGACUUUGCGGAAAGCGGCCUCAAGAUCAAUGUAGUUUGCUACUUUGCCACGAAGUCGUUUGACGAGUUCUUGUACCUGCAACAGGUAGCGCUCCUCGAAGUAACUCGCGUAGUUCAAGGCGCGAGUGCUACCAUGACGAGCGUCUUGUAUGUCGACAUGAACAACCCCGCUCCGAUUGGGAAAGUGCCUUUAGCAGGGAUGAUCAACUCUGCCCAAAACAAGGGCGUGGCUCAGUCGGGAUUGCCCAAGGUGGUGGCCGCACCAAAGGAUUUGAAUCCAAAAGGCGCCGAGGGCGCAUCAAUAGAGGAAGACGGCCCGCGACCAAUAAACGGUACUGGUGUUAGCGGGGGUAGUAGUGUACAAAAAAGUAGACGUGUAAAGAAGCCCCGGGGUGGUACUGUAUAAAUUGGUCUUGAUCUGAGUCUUGUUGAGAAAACAAAAUGUCGAAAAAAUAUUGGUUGCUACAACCGAUAAGAACCUUCUUACGCUGAGGGAAAAGGCCUCCCACAUCUAGCACGCCAAUAGCCCGAGUCUCAGGCAGUCAAUCAGUGCCGUUCCGAACAAAAGCUUUGGCGUGCAUGUUAUUCAACGCGCGUGACUCGGUGUCCACCGCAACAGCCACCCGAACGCACAUCUCUUGCAACACCCUGUUCAUCGCUUCUCGGUCGGCGGAGACGAGUCACGCACGCGGGAUGCAGUCUCGACUCCCUCAGCCUGCCCUUCCCCCGCUUCCUGAGCUCCUUCUUUGUGAGGUUCUUCCGUUUCCAUUGCUUGACUGCUGUCUGCUGCUUUCCCGUCAGGUGCCGGUCGCUUCCGGUCCUGCACCUGUCGCUCGCCGCCUUGCGCGGUCUUCGAGGGUGUGUCCUCUCCAGUUCCUUGUGACACCGCGUGGGGCAUCGGCUCGCCUCCAUGAGCGGGAGUCACGUCCUCACCAAGCCCGCCGGCAGUUUGCUCUUGGGACAUGGGUUCCUCGGUGCCCUCUUCGACCGUCGCGUCUUCAUCAAGCCCGCCGACAGUUUGCUCUUGAGACAUGGGUUCCUCGGUGCCUUCUUCAACGGAUCCGUCCAGCGUACCGAAAGUUUCCUCUUGCGACAUCGGCUCAACGGCACCAUCUCCCUCUUCCGAAGUCGGCCCAGCAGGCGGUUUGGCGCACUCGGGUUCUUCGGGCU